AUGAACCAAUCCUCGGAAAACGCAUCAUCGAUGUUUGUUGGACAACAUAACCCGAAUAUUCAGAAUCCAAAUGCGAAUGGAAUAUCAAUGGUCAAUCCGCCUGACAUAGCGAUGUUAGCUAGACAAGGCUAUUUACAACAGCAACAACAACUGAUGAAUAUGGGUCAAUAUGGUGCUGCUUCCGGUGCAGGCGGUCCUGCUAGAAAUAUGGGUCAUAUACCUUCGAAUCAUCCUUUAGCUGCUCAGAUGUAUGCUAUGAAUCCCCAAUUACAACAGGAACACAUGCAAAGGCUUCAAGCGCAAGCUCAGGCUCAAGCACAAGCUCAGGCGCAAACUCAAGCACAGGCGCAACAAAUCGCAAGUCAGGGUCAUGGAACUGGAAGUGGUCCAGGAAGGAAGAAGCGAGGAGCAGGAAGACCAUCCGCUGCGAGUCAAAUGAUCGCCCGUCAAACUAACUCUCUACAACCUCCUCAUAAUCAAGAACAUUAUGUGAAACACGCACUCUCCGCACCGCAACCACAAUCACAUCCUCAUCCAUCUACAAUCGUCGCAACACCUUCAGCACCCUUGGAACCUGUAGAGCCGUGGGCAGACGCAUUGGAUGAAUUGGAUCCAAGAGAAAUCGCUAUGGGAAGAUAUAGGAAAAGGCACGAGGUCUUAGCAGAAGUGUUCGGUCCCGAGUCCAUCAAGGAUAUACCGAAUGGAGAAUAUGAUCCUUGGGAAGGAUUGGGAAUAGAUGGUGAAUCCCUGGAGGCGAAAGUGCUCGCCUUGGAAAAGGAAAACGAAGAACUCGAAGCUAGAGUAGAUAAAGAUGUCGAUGAUUUCAAACAGUCAUUGCGGAAUAUAGAUGAAGGACGGACAGAAAGUGUACCUGUAGGAGUCAUAGCAUAA